CACUUCAUCUGCUCCUCAUCUGUCCCCAUCCAUCCCCAUCCCUCCAUCCCUCCAUCAUUCCCUGUGCCUCCAUCCAACCCCACACCUCCAUCCACCUCCAUCUCCUCAUCCCCCCAUCUCCAUCUCUCCAUUCAUCUCCCUGUCCCUCCAUCCAUCUUCAUCCCUCCACCCAUCCCCAUCUGCCCCCAUCCCUCCAUCACUCCCCAAACCUCCAACCAACCCCACACCACCACCCAUCUCCAUCUCCCCAUCCAUCUCCACACCUCCAUCCAUCCCCACACCUCCAUCCAUCCCCCUUUCCCCAUAGCUCCAUCCAUCCCCAUCCCUCCAUCUCCCACACCUCCAACCAUUUCCAUCUCCCCAUCCCUCCAUCUCUCCAUCCACCUCCACAUCUCCAUCCAUCUCCAUCACCCUGUCCCUCCAUCCGUCUUCAUCCCUCCACCCAUCC